AUGGUAGCGUCUUACGCUCCAUCGACGCUGGCCGCCUACUUAUCGAAGUGGCGACACUGGCUCAGGUUUGCAUCGGCCUGCGAUGCCAACCCUUACGAUCCUUCCAUUGAUCUUCUCCUGGAUUUUUUGGCUACUAAUUCCAGGGGCAAAUUGCAAACCGCGACCACAUGGAUCAAAUCCUUGAGAUUCAUCUCCCGGAAGGCGCAACUGGACUCGCUGCGUUCGGCUCUGCGUUCGGACCUCGUUUCAGCUUACGGCAGAUCUGGCUCCAUUGUGGAACGCAGAGAGAGUGCGCCUUUGCCCCUCAGUUUUGUCAUAUUCCUCGAGCGCCGGGUUCUGGAUACAUCCCUUUCUUCUCAGCAGCGGAUCAUUGCAGGGGCUUUUCUGCUCUGCAUCUUUGCAUCCCUCCGAUUCUCGGAUGCAUUAUGGUGUCCACCAGGGCGCUUGUCCAUCACGGGGGAGUGUCUUUUGGGCGUGUGCCUCAAAACGAAAACCACCCGGCGGGCGAUGCCAUUUGGGGUCUCAUUGCAAGCCACCGCGAUGCUGCAUCCCAACUUCACACCGGAUUUCGUUCUGGCCAGGCAUUGUACUCCUUCGGCAGCUCUUCUCUACUUGCUAUUCACAGUCACGUUCUUAAGCUAUGGGCGGCAACUUCUCAUCCGCGAAGAUCUUCAGCGCCAGCAAGGACAUCACCGUUCUUCUCUGGCCGGCAUGUCAGACCUCUAUGGUCGUGACGAUGUGGCCGGUCCAUUGGAGUUUCAGCGCCAGGUUGUUGGGGCUGUCCUCGAAGGUUUUCGUCCCCGCCGUCCUCGUCUGCGUGGAGGGCUCCCUCCCACGGUGGACGUCGAGGUUGCUCUGCCUUGUGUUCCAGGUGCAUCGGACAUGCCACCCGUCGGCUCCAACCCGGUGCCUCCGGCUGAGCAUGAUACAUCCAGCGAGUCAGAGGUUGAGGAUACACGAUCGGCUUCCCCGAUUCCAUUGCCUCCGCCCACUCAGGAGUUGCCGGAAUCUGUUACGGAAGCAUUGUCUAUGACAAUGGAGCCUAUUCCUCAGGAUGCUUCAUCUUCCUCUGGCGCGGCUGAGGAGUGGACUGAUGUCCAGGGUCACGCCGACGAAUUCUUCUUUCUUCUGAAUGGUGUCAAGGUGCCGCGCCUCAAGCUUUCAUUGCGUGCAGGCUGCAGUGUUCGUGGUGUGGACGUCUUGCUUGCAUCUAGGUCCCUGUGCCCUUAUGGCCAGCCCCCGCCGCAGAUUGGCUACCUGUCGUUCGAAUUCGAGAUCACUAUUUGGGAGGCCGCCUGGGGCAGCAUUGCCUUUACCCUUAACCAUCGUGUCCUGCUUUUCUCUAAUCAGCAGAUUUGGCUUGCCCCUGAUGAGGGCUUCAUGGGCUCACUGCCUAAGCGCAUUUGCCCUGAAACAUUUCAUUUUCUCAGGGGCACGCUGCACUCCACGUGUUGCGGGUUGGCUGAACUGCAUUGCCCGUACCGCAGCCUUUUCUUGCUUUUUACGCACGUGCAGUUCCAUCUUGCCCUCGCUUGGUCUCUCCCAAGCAUCAUGGCGGCUCCCCCUCGUCACGAUGACCCGGCUUACUUUCAGAAGAGAUGCGAGGACAUGUCUCUUCCGGCCGGUUUGUUGGAUACAUUGGUCGACAAAGGCUUCAACUCCAUGGCGUUGCUUGCCUUUGCCGUGCCCGACUCCGACUCCCUCGAGCACUUCAUCGUGUCCAUUGUGGGUCGCCCUCUUGGGUCUGAUCCAUCGGCGCCUCUGCUCACGGCAGAUGCUGCUGCUCUUCGGCGAUUAUACCACCUCUGCAAAACCGAGUGUGCCGGGGUUGGCCCCUCUGCUCCCGCCUCCAUCGUGCCAGCUGCCUCCGGCAAGAAAUCGCUGUCUAAGGAGGAGAUAGCGGAGUUGAUGCAAAAAUUCAUGAAGGCUUAUCCAUCAGAACUUGUUCGGGCGGAUAUUAUGCCUUCAUCUCCUUUUCUCAUGAUUGUGCGCGAGCAUUUGGAUGCUGGGCGGUUCUCCUGGAUCCCCUGGAGGCUGUGUUCAUCUGCAUCAGAUGAGGAGCAAUUCCUUGAGCGUCGUCGGCCUCGGACAGAUGCAAAAUUGCUGACUCGCCUCUUGCAAGAGGGUCAGCCUGAGGAGGAAUGCAUUGCGUCAAUCCCGCAGUCCGGUCCAGUGGAGCCAAUUGUGCGCCGCUUCUGGGACCUCCUUAUGUACGCCAUUGCACUCAAUGACGGGGCUCAUCUUCUGCAUCUCAGAAAAGCUGCCGAGAAGUUUCUCAGCAUUGCAUUGGCUACGCCCUCGGAUCGCAACAUGCGCCCUCCAUCACUCCAGGAGAUCGUGGAGGCGGACCGUGCUCUCUGGCUGGGGGUCGCUUCCAUUCAAGCGGACCAGGGCUGGUCACUUACCGAUGCUUUGGCGGAGAUGAUUUUUGCUCGUCCGGAUGUCUACAGUGCUUUGGCCAAGGCUAAGGCUACAUCCAAGAAGGACGCUGCCCCCAAGGUACUUGCAUCUCGCCUCCUUAGUGAUGCAUCGGAUUGCAUGAAUGCCUGUGCACCCAACAUCGUGCUCCCCCUCACCUCUUUCACUGGGGGUGAGCUGCAUGUCUCCAAGGUCGGUGCCCCCACUGCUGACCACGUUCCGCUGGCGACGCAGUUCGUGGACCUUCCGGUGGCGUCUGGCCCGGUCUCGUUCAACGCCAGGGAUUGCCCUCACGAGGUGUUGCCCUCCAAGGGGCUGCGUGUUGUCGUUGCGGCCUACACUUUGCAAGCUGCACUGCAUCUUGACUCACAUCCCGCGCUUCGGGCUUCCUUGACUGCGCUUGCAUUCCCUCUGCCACCUGUGGACUUCGUGUACUCUCCAGAGGAUUUGGCUCCGCGCGCGCUUCCGCUGUCGCCUAGCCAACGGGAACGGGCUCUGCUUCCAUCGCCUAUGGCUGCGGUCGGGUCCUCGGCACCUUCUGCAUCCGCUUCUGCCACUGCCCAGCCCUGCGAUGGCCGCUCGCUUUUCUUGGACUUGUUUGCGGGGGCUCGUGCGCCAGUCACCUCGGCCAUUCAAUCUCUUCGGUGUGACUGUUUUCCUCCAGUGGACUUGAUCAUCGAUGCAUCCCGCGACAUCUUGGACGAUGCAUUCUUCGAUCUGCUUUGCCGCAUUGCUGAUUCGGGUUUGGUCGGCGCCGCUCUUGCGGCUCCUGUUUGCUCCAAGCAUAGCAUCUUGCGGCUACGUCCUGGUGGCCCGAAGCCUUUGCGCGACUUUGAGCAUCCCACCGGACGUCCGGAUCUGAAUUGGGACGACUCCACGCAACUCCAGGAGAGUGCAUUGCUACACGACCGCACACGACUUUUGCUCUCCCGUGUCAGUGCCGCUGGAGGUUUGAUCAUUCUGGAGAACCCUGCUUCUUCUCUUACAUUUCACGAUCCGCUCAUGAUGAGCUGGAUCGAGUCCGAGGCCCCCUUUUGCGCGCAGGCGGCUUCGUGUAUGGUUGGUGCAUCCUUCUCCAAAUCUUGGAUGUUCGUUUCCAAUCAGCCCUGCAUCUUAGAUUUGGCUUGCAUUUGCACGCAUGCGCCCGGCACUCAUGCGUCCUUUGUGGGCAAACGUGAUGGAGCGGGUUUUCUCAGUCGGCGCACCGCUGAGUAUCCCGAUACACUGGCAUCAUCGCUGGCGCGUUUGUGUGCUCCAUUUCUGACCGACUUGGGCACUUGCAGCGACUUCUCCCGCUGGCGUGCAUUGCUUCCGUUGGAUCCAGAUUGGAUCAUGCAUCCCUGCAGGGUCGAGGACGGUGGUGGCGCCACCAGCACUGCAUGUUGGCUUCGGCCUCCCUCUGAUGACGUGUUGCACGACCUUCGACAUCGGUGGUCCCACCGGCUUUUCGACACAGGUCUCUGCAUGCGCAUCGCCGCACAUCUCCAGCUUGCACCGAAAGAACCUCCUCUUUCCGAUGCUGAGGUUGCUCCAUUCCUGCAGGACAUCUUCAACGUUUUUCAGGUCCCGCCGACUUCCCAGGAGGAUCUUCUCUUCAUCGCACCUGGUCAACCUCUGCGCUUGCGUCUCCUGAAGUUCCUGCUUUCUCAGCUUCAGGACUCGGAGGUUUCCCUUUGCGACCAGUUGGAGUCUGGUGUCUCUCUGGGAGUUGGCUCUGCAUUGGAGCCCUCGCAGCACUGGCCUGUGCGUGAUGCGGAGCAUGUUAUGCCUGCGUUGCAUAUUUGCGAAGGUGCCUGGCAGUCCGCUGAGAGCCACCCUGACAUUGUUCAGGCUUUGCUCGAGGAAGAAUUGCAGGAGGAGUGGAUCUCCGAGUAUGCAUCGCUUGAUUCUAUUCAGUCUGAGUUUCCGCAGGUUGCAUUAG